ACUGCACCAGGUUUUGACCAAAGCCCUCUUAGUAUACCAUGGCGCUCUCCAUUCGAGCAUCUACUGGACCGCGACAAUUCUCUACUCGGAGUGGGCUUGGUGGAGGUUCUGUUAGGCUUUCUAGCUCCAGUAGUGCAGGGAGUAUGGGGGGAGGAUUUGGCGGGGGGUCUCUUCUCAGCUUUGGUGGUGGAGGUGCCAGUAGUGGUAUAGGACUGGGCAGUACCUUUGGCGGUGGGUCAAGCAGUGGCUUUGGUGGAGGCUCAACUGCUGGUUUUGGUGGGCUCUUUGGUGCGGGAGGUGAAGGCAACCUUUUAUCAGGCACCGAAAAGGAAACCAUGCAGAAUCUGAAUGACCGCUUAGCUGCCUACCUGGACAAGGUGCACUCACUGGAGGAAGCUAAUACUGAGCUGGAACGCAAAAUCCGUGAAUGGUACGAGAAAAAUGGACCAGGAGCUGGUGGCCCAGCAGCUGGCAGAGAUUACAGCAAAUACUACCCAAUAAUUGAAGAACUCAAGAACAAGAUUAUCAGUGCAACUAUUGACAACGCCCGGAUAGUUCUUCAAAUUGAUAAUGCAAGACUGGCAGCUGAGGAUUUCAGACUGAAAUUCGAGAAUGAAGCGGUUCUUCGCCAGGGGGUGGAAGCCGACAUUAAUGGCCUGCGUAGAGUCCUUGAUGAACUGACUUUGACCAGGGCUGAUUUGGAAAUGCAAAUCGAAAGUCUGAAUGAGGAACUGGCAUACCUCAAGAAGAACCACGAAGAGGAACUCCAAGGUUUCCAAAGCAAUGCCACUGGUCAAGUCAGUGUGGAAAUGGAUGCUGCUCCAGGGAUUGAUUUGACCAAACUUCUGAAUGAAAUGAGAGCGCAGUAUGAGGUAGUUGCCGAACAGCACCGGAAAGAGGCUGAAGCUUGGUUCAAUGAAAAGAGUGGGGAGCUGAAAAGAGAAAUUUCCUCGAACACAGAACAGCUUCAGUCAGGGAAAAGUGAGAUCACCGACCUGAGACGUACUCUGCAAAGCCUGGAAAUAGAAUUGCAAUCUCAAUUUGCUAUGAAAAAAUCUCUUGAAGACACCCUAGCAGAAACAGAAGCAGGAUAUUGUGGCCAGCUGUCACAGAUGCAACUUCAAAUCGGAAAUCUGGAAACGCAGCUUUUCCAGGUCCGGGCAGACAUGGAGCGGCAGAAUGCAGAGUACCAGCAGCUUCUGGAUAUCAAGGCCCGAUUGGAAAUGGAGAUUGAGACUUACCGCAGGCUACUUGAUGGCGAGAUUGGCUCAUUUGAAAGUGCUUCUGUGGCAAGUACAAAAUCAGUAGAUUCCACUCCUGAUCCAACCAAAACCAGAAAGAUCAAGACAAUUGUCGAGGAAGUGGUGGAUGGCAAAGUGGUUUCAUCCCAAGUUAGGGAAGUGGAAGAAAAACUAUAAGCAAAAUGCCAGCCAUUCAUUCUUCGAAUCUCGGGAAAUUAUCAGAUUCACUUAGGAGAGAAAAGAAGUAUGAAAUAUUAUAGAAGCAAAGUCAUAUUUGAAAUUUCCUCUCUAGUUAAAUAAUUCAAUAAACAUUGUACUUCAGUUUA